CCGCCAAUGCUUACAAGGAACUCCCUGCUGCUCCUCUUUUGGUUUAUCAUCAACGAAGGCUUUCUCUCGCCUGUCCACCUGCCACUCCAAGGCAGGCUGGGAAAGGAGGGCCCGCGGGGCCUGGUGGGACCAAUUAAGAAUGGCGGGGCUGGGUUUCAGAGGGUCAAACGGGGCUGGGUGUGGAACCAGUUCUUUGUCCUGGAGGAGUACAUGGGGUCAGACCCACAGUACGUGGGAAAGCUGCACACAGAUCUGGACAAGGGCGACAGCGGUGUGAAGUACACCCUUUCGGGGGAGGGCGCUGGCACCAUCUUCACCAUCGACCAGACGACGGGAGACAUCCAUGCGCUGCGGAGCCUGGACCGCGAGGAGAAAGCCUAUUACACGUUGCGUGCCCAGGCGGUUGACAUCGAGACGGGACGCCCACUCGAACCCGAGUCUGAGUUCGUCAUCAAGGUCCAGGACAUCAAUGACAAUGAGCCCAAGUUCCUGGAGGGCCCUUACACAGGGAGCGUUCCGGAGAUGUCACCAGUGGGUACGUACGUGAUGCAGGUAACGGCAACAGAUGCGGAUGACCCCACCUAUGGAAACAGCGCAAGGGUGGUCUACAGCAUCCUGCAUGGGCAGCCCUACUUCUCUGUGGAUCCCAAGACAGGUGUGAUAAGGACCGCUUUGCCCAACAUGGACAGGGAGGUGAAGGAGCUCUACCAUGUCCUCAUCCAGGCCAAGGACAUGGGAGGACAACUGGGGGGGCUGGCCGGGACCACGACGGUCAACAUCACCCUGAGCGAUGUCAAUGACAACCCGCCCAGGUUUUCAAAAAGCAUAUUUCACCUAAGGGUUCCCGAAUCUUCUCCUGUGGGGUCCGCUGUGGGCAGGAUCAAAGCCCAUGACCUGGACAUUGGAAAGAAUGCCGAAGUGGAGUACAACAUCGUUCCCGGGGACGGGGGGACUACGUUCGACAUCGCAACCAAUGUGCACAACCAGGAGGGCAUCAUUGUCCUGAAGAAGCCUCUGGACUACGAAACGAAGAAGGCGUACACUUUCAAGGUAGAGGCCUCAAACCCUCAUCUGGACCCCCGCUUCCACAAUGCGGGUCCCUUCAAAGACACAGCCACGGUGAAAGUCAACGUUCUGGACGUGGACGAGCCCCCCGUGUUCAGCAAGCCAUCCUAUACCAUGGACGUGUACGAGGACACACCCGUUGGCAUCAUCAUCGGCGCCGUGACCGCGCAAGACCUCGACGUGGGAAGCAGCGCGGUCAGGUAUUCCAUUGACUGGAAGAGCGAUCUGGACAGUUACUUUGACAUUGAUCCGGUUGAGGGGACCAUUUCCACCAACGAGCUCCUGGACAGAGAGAGUAUUCCGCAGCACAAUAUCUCCAUUGUGGCAACGAAAGUUAACAACCCAGUCCUGACCAGCAAGGUUGCAGUGACCGUCCACGUCCUGGAUGUUAAUGAGUUCCCGCCAGAGUUCGCGAUGCCGUACGAGACGUUCGUUUGCGAAAACGCCCGAGCUGGCCAGGUGAUUCAAGUCAUCAGUGCUAAAGACGAGGAUUUGCCCCCCACUGGUCAGAAGUUCAUCUUCAAAUCCCCGCCAGAAGACAUCAAAAACAAGAACUUUACCAUCCGGGACUUUGGAAAUAACACGGCUGGCAUCGUGACCCGGAGAGGUGGCUUUCGGCGUCGGAUCCAGGAGGUGUAUCAGCUGGCCGUGGUGAUGGAGGACAGCGGCUACCCGGUACAGAGCAGUACCGGGACACUCAGCAUACGGGUGUGCGGCUGUGACGCUGACGGCUCGCUCCUCUCCUGCAACGUGGAGGCCAUAUUCUUACCUGUGGGGCUCAGCACAGGGGCCCUGAUCGCCAUUCUACUCUGUAUUGUCAUCCUCCUGGUGAUCGUCGUGCUGUACGUGGGCCUCAGACGGCAGAAGAAGAAGGAGACGUUGAUGACGUCCAAGGAGGACAUCCGCGACAAUGUGAUCCACUAUGACGAUGAGGGCGGCGGCGAGGAGGACACACACGCUUUUGACAUGGGCACGCUGAGAAACCCCAAGGCAGUGAAUGAGAACUUGAGCCGGCGUGACGUGAAACCCGACGGAGGGCGGCAAGUCCGGCCUCCCCCGGCCACGCAGGAUGGCGCUGAUGUACGCGACUUCAUCUGCCAACGGUUGCAGGAGAAUGACGCCGACGGCUUGGCGCCGCCCUACGACUCGCUGGCCACCUACGCCUACGAAGGCGACGGCUCCGUGGCCGAAUCGCUCAGCUCCAUUGAAUCGCUGGCGGGGGACGGCGACGAGGACUACGACUACCUCCGCGAGUGGGGGCCACGAUUUAGAACCCUGGCGGGGAUUUUUGGCGAACAGGACUCGCCGACAGAACCAACGGAAAACAAACUGUAA